CAGAGAGAGGGAGGGAGAGGGACCCAGGCAGACAGAGGGAGAGGGCAGCAUGUUGUGCUGGGGGCAGGUGGGCUGCAAACAGCUGGGUCUAACCCCUGGGCAGGACGGGGUGAGUUCAGAAGCCACUCACAGCGACAGGCUUCUCAAACACGGGAGGGUUCGGCACAUUUGCUGCGGAGACGGAUUCACUGUGUUCGUGCUUGAGGAUGGGAAGGUUCUCUAUACAAUGAACGGCCAGAAGCAGAGGAAACCUGCACGGCUUGAUGAAUUCAGUGCAGAAAGGGUUUGCUUUGUGGACAGUGGAGCCUCGCACAUCUUGUUUGUUUUGGAAGAAGGAAGUGUGUUCUCCUUCAAAUUGCAAAGCACGCAACCUGGGCUGACUUCGAAGACGUACUCCGAAAUUAAGCCACAAUUGUUAAAGCACCUGAGUGGGAAGUGCGUAGUUCAAGUUGCCUGUGGAAGGAAUCAUUCCAUGGCUCUAUUCAAAGAUGGUCGACUUAUCGCUUGGGGGCAGAACGCUCAUGGCCAGUUGGGUCUUGGUACAAAAGAUGCCUCUCACACCAGCUCCCAGUGUUUGAAGUCUAUGGCUGGGAUCCCAAUAGCUCAAAUCACGGCAAGAGGAGCACACAGCUUUGCGCUCUCUGUCUCGGGGGCUGUGUUUGGCUGGGGAAGGAAUGACCGUGGACAGCUGGGGCUCGGUGACACAGAGGAUCGACACUCUCCUACCUAUGUAAAACAAUUAGAACACAAGAAGAUUGUCUACAUCUCUUGUGGAGAGGAGCACACUGCUACUCUGACAAAGGAUGGAUCAGUUUUUACCUUUGGAGCCGGGAGUUUAGGGCAACUUGGACACAACACGACAAGGGAUGAGAUCAAACCUCGCCUGGUCGCUGAGUUGUUUGGUGCCAAAGUUUCUCAGAUAGCUUGCGGGAGUUAUCACACGCUUGUGUUCGUUCCAUCAUCUGGCAAGGUCUAUGCGUUUGGUCAAGGAGAGAAAGGGCAGCUGGGAAGUGGACAGACCAGUGACCAGCUCGUGCCUCUUCCUGUUAAAUUAGCAUCACACACGUCUGACACAGGACCUGCUAAUGGCUGUACAAUCCAGCCGGUCGUUAGCAAAAUAUUUGCAGGAGUGAACCAAAGCUUUGCGGAAUGCUUUGCGGAAAGGGAUGAUAUUGCUCUAAAACACCACUCUUCAUUUAUAUCCAUGAAAGGAAUUGCCACAGUUGACGAUUUGCUUUUGGAAAAAUGGAGUGGAAUAGAUGAUGGGAAACUGUGUAAAAGCAUAAAAACGGAAAUCAAUCACGUUUUCUCUUCUGCUGCAUCUCUCAAUGGAAGCUUCUUGGAAACCACAAAAGACAACCAUUUCAAAACGAGCAAUGAAGUGUCAGGAGUGGAUAUGUCUGCCAUGCAUCUGUGGUUUGAGAAGUUGCAGAGAAACGUCACGGUGUUACAAGAGGUCACUGAUACAGUAAAGAAAAACCUGAUGCCUUCAUUACUUGAGUCCCAUGUUUGUGUGGAAACUCUCCGAGUCUACCUUAUUCUGCCAGAGCUCAUAGAGGUGGUGAAAGAGCAGAAGGAUGUUGUGAAACUGACAAGCCUUCUGAGCAGAACUAUUCUGUCACUCGAGAAAAGCAAACUGAAAAUCCUUGAAUCUCUGUGGAAUAACCUCAAUAAUUAUUUCUUCAAGAAACUCGUGAUGUUGUUCAAAACUGUGUGUCAACACUUGCUCCAAAAGACAUUUCAGAAGCAAACAAAAUUUUCUGAAGAUCUGCACAAUUGUUUAAGGAUUCUGCAGAAACUCUAUGAGGUGAAUUGUUUUGCUGAUCUUAAAGUUGCAGAGAGCAAUUUCUACAUUGCUCUCGCAGAAGUCUUCGGAAUCUCAACUCUUCACAUUGACUCAGUUCUGGAUUUAAUUAAGUAUCCUUGCAUCAUUAACAUGGAAACGAAAGUUGAAACUUUCAACAAUCUCUGCGCGUUCAUAAGGAAUUUGCCUGAGAACGAGCCUAAUCAAUGCUUGUUGGUGGUUAGAAGGUCGAUGAUUAUUCAAGACACUUUGAAACAAUUAAUGAUGUUUGAUAAAACAACACUUCAACAGCAACUUCAGGUCAUAUUUGAAGGUGAAUUUGCCGAGGAUUAUGGUGGGGUUUCCCAGGAAUUUUUCUCUGUCAUUACCAAGGAACUUUGUGUCCAUCAGAACAUAUUCAAGCACUAUGAAGACUCCAGGCUAAUUUGGUUCCCUGAGUGGGAGCCCAAGUUACCAGGAGUGUUUCGCCUGGUGGGAAUUCUCUGCGGAAUCGCUCUGCACCACGGUUUUGUGGCAAACUUUCACUUCCCAUUGGCCCUGUACAAAAAACUACUCAAUGUGCAACCAACAAUAAAAGACCUGAAGGAAUUGUCCAAAACAGAAGGGAGGAAUCUCGAUGACCUUUUACAUGAUGAGUCCAGUAAUGUCGAAGAAGUCUACGGUCAAUAUUUCGUAAUAUGCAAAGAAACAGAUGAUCAUUUCAAAAUUCAGCAUGAACUUAUUCCAAAUGGUCAAAAUAUCCCAGUGGAAAAGCACAACAGAAAACAGUUUGUCGAUGCCUAUGUGGAUUAUAUCUUUAACACGUCUGUCGAGAAACAUUUCAAAGCUUUCGCAGAAGGAUUUCGGAGUAGUUUUCCAAAACCCAUUUUAGACGUAUUCCUACCUGAAGAACUCAUGGCCGUUGUCCAUGGAAACACCAAAUAUGAGUGGGAAUUAUUGGAACAGCAAGCAAGUUACACAGGGUACACAAAAAGUGACCAAUACAUCGUGGAUUUUUGGACCAUGUUUCAUCAGCUGCCAAAGAAAAAGAAGAAGAAUUUUCUUGCCUUCCUGACGGGAUGCGAUAGGAUUCCAGUAGGAGGAAUGGGAACCCUCAAAAUCGUCAUUAACGAGUUAAGAAUAUUUAACCCGGAUUUAUACUAUCCUAUUGGCCACACCUGCAACAAGACCUUGGAUCUGCCCAGAUACAGCAAUAUUCGGAAACUAAGAAAAAGGUUCCUUCGUGCAAUUGAGUCAUACGAAGUAUUUGGUAUUCAGUAAUACCUGUAACCGGAGAUUGUUUCUUCAAACAUUUAAACCAUUCGAAGAAUUUGCAAUCGAAAUAUUAUGUAGAGGAGCCGGCACAAGCCUCAUUUCUUUUUAGCACACAAACUGUUGUAUAUACAUUUACAAAGGAAUGAUUCUCAGUUAGUUAUCAAUUUUCAAUGCUAACACACUUGGCUAAGGCAGAGUGAAUUUUGUGAUCAAUUGCCCACACUACUGCAAAGCAUAAAUGGGAAUUGAUAUAAAGACAUAUGACUUAUGCACAGGACUCUUCCUACUCACCUCUUGUUAAUUCUGCAACAACAACAACACCACCAUCACCAACAAAAUUACAUUUGUAUAACGCCUUUCAUGUCGGGAGGCACCUGGUCAAUGGACAAAAACUGCUGUUUUUCUUCUAUCUUACUUGUGUGGGCUGAUGACUGUGGUAGUAAUUUGUAUUCUUCUAGUCUCUAUAGUAAUGCCGUAAUGAUUCCUGACAAUUGCUGUAUUUUUCUGAACCCUCUGCUUUGAAGCAUAAAGCCGAGUGGGAUAAGUGCAAUGUGCUCAAUGGCUACACAUGAGCCACCUUUUUUUGUUUUACUUUUGGAAAUUGUGCAAGGUUAUGGUACUGGAUUGCUCACCGCUGACUCCAUAAAUACCGGAUUAGUUAGUAAUAAAUCUAAAAAGGACGUUUGCACAGGAGGUGUUGAGAAUGUGGCCCUGUGUGCCUGAUUAUUAUAUUACUUUUCUGUCUGUAAAUAAACUUAUUUGCAGUUAAUUGGUAAA